AUGCUCUCGAUCCUGCGCAACGCCGUCGCCCCGGCGCGUCGGGAGAUGCUCGUCGUCCGCGCGCUGUCCACCACGUCGCCCGUGCUCCUGGAGGCGGCCAAGCGCGGGCGGCCCAAGGGAAGCCUUAACGCGCCCAAGACUGGCGACGCUGCCUCAGCCAAGGCUACCAAGCCCAAGGCCAAGAAGGCCGAGAAGCCUAAGAAGCUCACAAAGGCCACGAUCCCUGCCGAGGACGUCCCGCCCAAGCGCCCAAUGUCGGCAUACGCCCGCUUCUUCAAGGAGUGGUUUGAGAAGAACGGAGACUCGCUGCGUCAGCAGGGCAAGCUCGACAUCACCCAGUUGAGCCGGACAAUCGGCACGGCCUGGUCGGACCUGCAGGUCUCUGACCCAGCCAAGGUCGAGCGCAUGAAGGCACAAGCCAAGGUCGACCAGGAAGCCUUCGAAAAGGCCUACGGUGACUGGUACUUUGCGCGCACGCCCGCCGAGCGUACUGUCGUCGAGAAGGCCCUCGGACGCCGUCUCCAAUUCCCAGGCGGCCGUGCAGCAUUUAAUCGUGACCUCCGUGACCGUCCCGGAAACCCCGGUCGCCCGAGCUCGAGCUUCUUUGAGUACCUCCGCAGCCUGCAGCCCGAACUCAAGAACCACCCGGACAUUGCGGGCAAGCCUGGUAUCGAGUCACACCAGGCCAUUGCUAAGAUUGCGGCCGAGCGGUGGCGUACCCUUCCAGAGGCGGAGAAGGAGCACUGGAAGCAGGUUACCACGGAGCGUAGGGAGAAGUUUAACGAGUGGUUCAAGACGCAGAAGGAGUCUGGCCCGCAGAAGUAG